UCCAUCAGGCUGCUCCUUUUGCAGAGGUCCUUCAGUGGCAACAACACAUCAUCCUCUAGCUCCAAAACCUUAGAUGUGAUCAACAAAAAUGUUUGGGAAAGCCGGCUGACAGAAAUCGAAGCCAAAGAGGCCUGUACCUGGCUCCGAGCAGCAGGCUUCCCACAGUAUGCCCAGCUUUAUGAAGAUGCCCAGUUCCCCAUUGACAUCUCCUCAGUCACCAGGGAUCACGACUUCCUUGAUCGAGAUGCCAUUGAAGCUCUCUGCAGAAGGCUCAACACACUCAACAAGUGUGCUCUAAUGAGACUGGAGAUAUCACCGCAAAGAAAAAGGAGUGAAGACUCCGAUGAGGAUGAACCUUGUGCCAUCAGUGGCCGCUGGACGUUUCAGAGAGACAGCAAACGCUGGUCCCGGAUGGAGGAAUUGGAGGUUUUCUCUUCAUUGUACACAGAUGGUGCACAACCACCUCCAGCUAAGGACCAAGUAUCAAAAAAGACCAAGCUGGCGCUAUGCGAGGGAAACAGUUCGGAAAGUGUGUUGACAGAUCUCAGUGAGCAGCCUGAAGUAGGUUCCAUCCAUAGCAGUGGUAGUGGCGGAAGAGCAGAAGAGAAAAGUCAUGACACCGCCCUUCUUUUACCAAAUGAAUCCAUUCCUGUCGGAGCCACACGUGCAAGUUCUGUGGCAAGCAUGUGUUCGUCGUCGGGCACAGGCGGGUCAGUUUGUGCAAAUGAGGACUCACUUUCUGAUGGGAUGCCUCCAUCACCCUUGGAGACACUCGGACAGUUCACCUUCGAUCUGAAAAUGGGAGAACUCGGUGGAAGUUUGGACCGUGGUGGGGGCAGCGGUAAAAGCACACGCUCACGAGCCAAGAGCUUCCUUAAGAGGAUGGAAAGUCUCCGUCUACGCAGCGGCACCACCUCCAAGAGAAAGAAAAAAGGAAAUAUUAGUGGUGGAAAGAUAGAAAUCAGCGGCCCUGUUAUCAAGGAGGGUCUUGAUGAUGACAAGUUGCGGCGACUCAAUUGUGUGGAUAUCCCAAGUCUCAACCUCAACCAGAACCUUAAUCGCCAGCCGACUCAGACUAUGACACUUAACAGGAAUCGUUCUGUAUCCUACUCGACUCAGACUAGCAAUGGUAGUACUGGAAGCACUGGCAGCAGCCAAUCAGAGGCCAGCAGCGGUAGUGCGGUCAGCACACCCAGCCCAGUGACCCGCGCUCGGAGCCACAGCACUGCGGCAGGCUCCGGUAAGAGAGGGGGCAUGUACUUGGAAGGAUUUGAUCCCUUCAGCAUUCUCCAGCAAGCAUCCGAUCAACAGCCGACGCCAACGCCCAAAUCAGCCCCGCCUAUUCCGUGCCAAGCAAAUAUUGAUAUGAGCAUCGAUGAGCAGAACCGGAGAAACAACCACAAAAUUCAAGAGAAUGGCAGCCACGCAGAGGAAGAAGACGAAGCCAGGAUCUUUUUCUUUUUACCAGAAGGUCACAAGCCAGGCACUUUCCCCAAAGCUCUGCAAGAUGGAAGUUCUUGCAAUAACAACGCUAAUGAGAACGGGAACUCCGUGAUCCUAAGAGGAAGGCAAAGUAGACGCCUGCGUCGAGCCUCUUCUGGCUCGGUGGACAGCCGUCUCAGUUUUUAUGAUAACGUCCCAUACAUUGAGCGAGACGAGGCCGGCGAUGGGGAUGAACAAAAACUGGAGGAAGUUCUCCAACAUGUGAGCGGCUUACAGCGCUUCGUCAACGCCUGGUCUGAGGCUGUGGCGGCCGGUGAGGAGGAAGAUGAGGAGGACGAGGAGGAAGAGGAAGGAGACUCGGACUCUGCUUUGGACUCUGCUUCGCCUUGCCCCUCCUCUCCUCUGCAGAACCGUCUAGAAGAAACUGAGAAUGGAAGUGACCAAGACAGCACCGGUAACCCACUGGGGGAGGGUGAUGAAGGGAUGAGGGAGAGGAGGGACUCUGGUGUUGGAGCAUCACUAACUAGAACCAGCAGGCCACAAAAACUCCGCUGGUUGAGCUUCCAUAACUCCCAUCGGCCCAGCUUGGCCUCCGCCCAGCUCCAGAUUAGCUGCCAGUCUGUGCUGCAGAUGAAUCUUCUUCAGAAGCUGUCCCUGCUGCAGCUCACCGCCCUGCUGGAGAGGCACACCCCAACAAACAAACAUGGUUUUAGCUGGGCUGUUCCAAAGUUUAUGAAGCGGAUGAAAGUGCGCGACUACAAAGGCAGGAAUGUGUUCGGUGUUCCGCUGCUAGUCAUCGUCCAGCGUACUGGUCAGCCUCUCCCUCAAGGCAUCCAGCAAGCGAUGCGCUACUUGAGAAACCAGUGCUUGGAUCAGGUGGGUCUUUUCAGAAAGUCCGGCGUGAAGUCACGUAUCCAAGCUCUGCGUCAGAUGAACGAAGCCAGCGGGGCCGAUGGGGGCGGGGUCAGCUACGAGGGUCAGUCAGCCUAUGAUGUGGCUGACAUGCUCAAGCAGUACUUCCGAGAUUUGCCCGAACCGCUGCUCACCAGCAAAUUGUCCGAGACCUUCCUUCAAAUAUAUCAAUACAUGCCCAAAGAGCUUCGCCUCCAGGCCGCCCGUGCCGCUGUACUGCUGCUGCCCGACGAGAAUCGCGAAGCUCUCCGGACGCUGCUGUGCCUGCUGAGCGACGUGACGGCUAGUGUUGGGGAGAACCAGAUGACGCCUACCAACCUGGCCGUCUGCUUGGCGCCGUCCGUAUUUCAUCUCAACACCCUGAGGCGCAAGGAAAGCUCAUCACCAAGGGUGAUGAACAGGAAGCAGACUUUGGGAAAGCCGGACCAGAGAGACUUGAACGAGAACCUAGCUGCAACCCAUGGCUUAGCGCACAUGAUCCAGGAGUGCAGAAAACUUUUCCGGAUCCCUGAGGAGAUGAAUCGCUGUAGGAAUUCCUACGUUGAGCAGGCGUUGCUUCCACGACCUUUGGAGGAGCUGUCGGGUAACGACAGUGGACGAGGAGGCUACCGGUCGUACCUGCGUGACAGCCUUGACGCUCUCCUUAAAGAGGCCAAGGACAAGUUUAAAGGUUACGACAGCUUCUCUACCCCCGAGCAAGCUGAGCUGGCCUAUCGGAAGGUACAUGAUGGUUACCCAUUAAGGCUGUGGAAGGUGACCGUGGAGGUACCCGCAGCCCCAGAGGAGGUCCUCAACCGACUGCUCAGAGAGCAGGCGCGCUGGGAUGACGACCUGUACGAGAGUCGGGUGGUGGAAACCCUGGACGAGAGGACCGAGGUGUACCAGUACGUCCGGAACACCAUGGCCCCCCAUCCAAUGAGGGACCAUCUGGUGCUCAGAACCUGGAUAACAGACUUGCCGAAGGGCGCGUGUGCGCUGGUGUCUACAUCGGUGGAUCACAGUGCGGCGCCUGUGGUGGGAGUGCGCGCUAACGUUCUCCUGUCACGCUACUUUAUCGAACCCUGCGGAGCCAACAAGUCUCGGCUUACGCACAUUUCCAGAAUGGACUGCAGGGGUCGCUUCCCGGAGUGGUACAACAAACUGCACGGACACUUGUGUGCUGCCGAAGCAGUGCGGAUCCGCGACUCUUUCACGCUGCCUACGGACAAAUGA